GCUCUGGUACAGCAACCCAUAUACCCUGCCAGCGCCUCCCACCCUUGUUGACCCCUCUUCUGUGUCAUCACUUCGCUCACGGGCUGAGAAACUACAUGCUUCCCUGAAGGCCCCAGAAAUGAGUGCUACCGACCAGCGAUUUGUCUCGGAUGUCCUGAAAUCGGGGACCUCGUCAGACAGACUAUCAGCUCUAGUCCUAUUGGCGCAAUCUAGCCCGAUGCAUAACACAAGGGCUCUGGAGGGUUUGAAAGCGAUGGCGGGAAAAAAGGGGAGAGAUGAGAGUUUGAAGGCGUUGAAGGCUAUUGUGGAUUGGUGGAUAGGUGGUGGCGCGCCGGAUCGAAAAUUAAAGUACUUUGUUGAUCAACCACUUACACACCCAGAGGUGACCGAUGCGCAUCUCACGUAUUGGUACUUCGAGGACUGGUUGAAGAAAUAUUUCUUCUCAAUCUUACAAAUACUUGAGGCUCUUUCAAUGGACCCGCUCCCUUAUGUCCGGACUGAAGCCAUGAUGCUCAUCUAUCAGUUGCUUUACACCAAGCCUGAACAAGAGCAAAACCUUCUAAGGGUCCUUGUGAACAAACUGGGUGACACGGAGAAGCGGGUGGCGUCCAGGGCUUCGCGCCAUGUGGUGACGCUGUUACAGCAUCACCCUGGGAUGAAGCUUGUCAUCAUUCGCGAAGCCACCGAACUUAUCUUUCGCCCCGUCGCACCCUCAGUUGCUACGUCGGGGCCCAAAACUGGCACCGGCAAGCAUGUCAAGUUCGGUGACUCAAACAAAAUGUCUACAUCCUCAUCCACUCCCAAGAACCACCACUCCCGCUACUUUAGCAUCAUCACCCUCAAUCAGAUUGAGCUAUCACACAAAGAUCCUCCUGGAGUGACGGCAAGUCUGAUAGACUUAUAUUUCAAGCUCUUCAAACAGAUCCUCGAUGAGAGUGGAAGGAACCCUCAAACGGUGCCAACAGAGGAUACAACAGAUAAAAAUGAUAGGAAAGGGAGAGGAAGACGUCCCCAGAAGCAUGUCAAGGGGGGGAAAUCCAAGCAUUCCCAACCGGCUGGUAGCUUCGUGGAGGCAGACGAUGCCCAUUCCGGGAUUAUCUCCGAGAUUCUAACUGGCCUUAAUCGGGCCUUCCCUUACGCAAGCAUGAGUCAAGUCACACUCAUCGACGACCACAUUGACACCUUGUUUCGAAUCACAUCCUCUGGGAGCUUCAACGUCAGUAUUCGGGCAUUGACUUUGAUUCAUUUGAUCUUGCGUUUCAAACCGGCGAUUGAAGAUCGUUUUUACGGCUGUCUGUACGAAUCAGUCAUCGACUCGCGCCUCAUUACCACAUCGAAACAGGCAAUGUGGCUCAACCUAGCAUUCAAGGCCAUAAAAGCUGAUAGGAACACGAUACGAGUUGUUGCAUUGGUGAAACGCUUCUUGCAAGCGCUGACAAUGCAUCAGCCCGCUUUCAUUUGCGGUGCCUUAUAUCUACUCUCUCAGCUGAUCGAGCUUAGUAUUGAUUUGCGUAUGAUGAUGCAACAAUCUAGCUUAGAGAGAUUAUCAGGACCAACUGGCAAACGGAAACGUCGGGAAACCCAGCAACCCGAAACCAACACUGCCGUGCAGGCCUACGAUCCAAAAAAAGGAAAUCCUGCGUCGGCUCACGCAGAGACAACCUGUUUAUGGGAAUUAAUUCCGCUUGUGUAUCACUAUCAUCCAUCAGUGUCCUUGCACGCAAAACAGAUAUUAGCAUCCAUCCCCGUCACCACUUCCCCCGACCUGGCUCUGAACACGCUCUCGCACUUCCUCGACCGAUUCGUGUAUAAGAAACCCAAGCCACCUAAGCCUAUGGAAGUCAGAGUCAUGCAGCCUGAGGCAUACGCGUCAUUAGACAUCGACGUGGGUGGGGUCAUAAAGACAAGGGAAGGGAUAGGUGGUGGCAUAUUCAUGCACGGAGCGUCUGGUGGCGGGCCGGUAAACGAGGAAACUUUCCGGAACAAAACGGUGGAGGAAAUCCCAGUCAAUGAGUUAUUCUUUCAUAGGUUCUUCAUGACUAAAGUACACAAGGAGCAGCAGAUAGCCAAAAAGGCCGAAAAGAUAGCAAAAGUAAUCGAGAAGAGGAAACAACGAAGAACGGGCGAAGAGGGCGAGUUCUAUGGAGACGAAAGCGGUGAGCAUUCAGAUGAAGAUGGAGCGUCAGAUGACGAAGUAAAUGAGGAUGAGGUUUGGGAGGCAUUGAAGAAAACUAUGCCAGGCGGACAGGAUAUUGAUCCCCUGGAAGAGGAUUCCGACGAUACGCCCAACGGGACUGUUGAUUCUGAAGACCCAGAUGAAGAACUGUCGGAAGCCCAGAAUAGCAAUGGUGACAUCGACACGGACGAUGCGGAUUCGGACGCCGCUGGCAGCCUUGAUGGCGCCGGGGCUGAAGACGGAUCCGAAGGCAGUCUCAUUGAAUCGGACGUGGAUCUUGUCGAUCUUUCAGAUGUUGAGUUGCCGGACCGAGGCAAUGAAGACGACCCGAAGGCUUCUCCGUCAGCUUUCGAACCGGAAGACUCAGAAGCCGUUUCAGGACUCCGUAAGCCCCAUGCAAGUGAUAAAAGUAAAGGAGGCAGGAAGAAACGUAAAUUGGCACUGCCUACAUUUGCGUCGUACGAAGAUUAUGCUAAGCUUAUCGAGGAGGGACCAGAGGAUGACAUCUAGAGGGAUAAAUGCCGAGUACCACAUUUUCAUACGAAAUUAAUCAUGCACACAGGAUCGGUUGCUGUCUCACCUUCGACUGCGCGUAAUCGGUAUUUAUGUCCUUCAGUCCCACCGACAAGUAAAUUCCUUUGUAUCGCAAGCAUACAGCAAGGGGAAAUGUUAUCCCAAGGUAACCAUGUGAUAAUUUGAGCGCCGCUGGACCACCCCACGAUGGACGAUGGGUAGAACGUGCAAACGCGCGGCCACUCUUAUAUGUCACAUUAUUGUUUUAUCUGUUGGACUGGGGCCCCACAGCAGAACCGCGAGCGAAACGCCCAUCCAGAAC